AUGCCUAGAGGGCCGAAAUCAGCAGGCUGCCAGCCCUGCAAGACGAGGAAGAUCAAGUGCGAUGAGAAGUGGCCGACAUGCGGAAACUGCUUGCGUUCACAACGGACAUGUCCAGGUCCAUCGGCUACACUCAUCUUCGUAUCGCAUCGCCGGGCAAAAGCGCCAGCCUCGCAGCCGUCAGAGAUUCAGCCGCCGGACGGGAACAUGAAACGCCGGCCGGGGAAAUUGCAGAACUGGACCAAACUGGCAACCUAUGGCAAGGGAGACGGUGUUGAGGGCGUGUUCUUCCCGGCAACUCCUCGUGUCAAUCUCAUGGCUAGAUCUGAUCGGGUUGCAAGCCAGCUCGCCCACUUCUUAACCUGGGGUUAUGACACGGUGCUCUGCUUGCAAAUGAGCUAUCUUCUAUACCUCCCACAACGCCUAUCGCAGAGUGAGUGCCUCCUCAACACGACAUCUCUCUUUUGUUAUGCUUGGGACGAGUAUCGCCAUCGGCGCUCGCCUCAGUCUCUAUUUUCAACAAGCUUAUAUGGAAAGACUAUCCGAAGUCUUCAACGCGAGAUUAGUGGCAGUGAGGUUUGCACAGUCGAUACACUUGCUGCGAUGCAGAUGUUGGAACGGAUCACCAUAUCCUUCGGCACCAAGGAGAUCUUAGACAACAUGUCCUCGCACUAUUCUGCCAUGAAAUGGGUACUUGCGAACAAAGCGCCUCCGAACCCGGAUGAUAAGUUUGAUAUUCUGUUGACACGGGAAGGACUAAACAUUAUCGAAUCUGUAUCUGCCAGUGGCGACGGCUCAUUCACACAGUCCCCUUGGCAGGGCUAUGCAGAUGAAACUCACUACGACUACCUAACCUCGGAAGAGAUCAAGGGCUUUUCAGAGCACACCGUCACAUUCAGUAGCUUCCUAACCCAGCUGGUCGAGUGGACACAUACCGUCAGAAUAAUACAAGCAAGGCCACAUGAGAACAAAAAACUCAAAACCAGGCUCCUUCAGCAAAUCGAGAAAUGCGACCACAACAUAGAAAAGAUCAUCGACGAUUCCAUCCAGGCAGCUUUAUACAGCGGAAACAUGCAGGCGAUCCUGGACCCGGAAUGCAUUACCGGUAUCAGAUACGAAUUCCGCUCUGUUGCGUUUGCCACGGGGCUAGCUGGGCUUCUCUCCUUUCGGGCAAAUAUAUUGCAAAUCGUCUACGACAUCAAUGCGUUAUAUGAAACCAACAUAUCCAAGGACUAUGAGAAUUACCGAGCCGUCUGUAUGGAACUGUGGAAGUUCAUUCCCUACGCAACCUCUCUAGGUUAUCUGUCAAUCCGCUUGACGGGGUGUAUCGUGCAAACGGUAGAGGCAAUGAACGAGGACGAGAGGUCAUAUCUGCUAGAUAACUUGGAGAGAGUCGACACAUCGAAAAAGGUCGUUGGCGGGAAAAGCUCCAUGGCAAAGAUGGGAAUGGCUGUUGCAAUGAUUCGGACAGGUCGGUCAUGA